CAGCCCGGACCCCCAGCUGGGUCUCAGGGUGCCUCUCGGCCCUCGUGUCCAGCCAGGGCGACGGAGCCCGCUCCUGGGGAGCACUGCAGCCGUGGCUUUGGCACAGCCUGGUCGGAGAUGUUGUUCUGACUGCUGCUCCUGGGGAGGAAGCCUGCUGGAAGAGGUGAAGUGGAUUUCUCCAGGGCUUCCUCAGAGGGCUGAACCCCGGCCUGGCCUGAGCUUCUGGCUGGAACAGGGCCUCGUGGUGGUCUGAAGAGCCGUUUUCUGUCUCUGAUGGGCUGCUGUCGUUUCAGAGGUCCUGUGAGGACUGGGGAGGUUCUCGAUUAAUCCGUGUGGCGGUGUGCGUGAUUGUGGCUUUAGCUCUGGAUUGCAGGAUUAAGGCUAGAGGCAUAGGAACGCGUGCUGGGGGUUUGGGAUUGGGGUGGGUUUUUUUUUUCCCAUGCCCUCUACGGCAUGGUUGUUGCUAAAUAUCUGUUUGUGGGAGGGGUUACCCUAACGGAGCUGAUGAAGAUCGGGCGCUGGUGACGUGUGGGAGGAAACUGUUGCCCAGUCUGUAGGUUGGUGAUCAACAAGUGGUACCUCUGUACUUGCGUGAGACCAAACUAAUGCAUUUCUUAACGGAUCAGGGCAGGAUACCUGGUCCUGGAAACUGGCUGCUAUUUCAGCUGCUAGAAUCAGAGCUGUUUAACACUAAGGCUGUUCCUGUGUGGAGUGCGGGGAUCUUUCAGACCUGGCUCUGCUGUUGGGAGCUGCCUUGCGGCUGGUGCUGUUCACCUGGCAGCGUGGAUCCUUCGCCACAGGCAUGGUGCUGGCUUCGGCGGGCUCUGGCUGUUCAAGGAGAUGGCUCCUGUGGUCUGUCGCUUGCAGGUGCUGACCGGGCCAUUUGUUAGGUGUUUGAUCUCUGCUCGGUCGGCAUGUUGGAAGGUGGUGCACACCUUCCGCUAAUGCUGCAGAGAGGGAGCCGGCGCCGCUGGGGACAGGCAUGUGGAUACUGGUGAAUCGUCUGCCGUGUGUGCGUCUGUUUAUUACAUUCAUGCUUUCAAAAAGGGCUCAGUCGCAGGGAGAUUUGGAGUAAACAGAAAUCAGUGACUUGGGACUUCAGUUCUUUAAAGCUCUCACUGAAAGUCUGUUGCCUCCGUUUCCCGAAAGCUACAGGUGUCUUAGGAGGAGGCAUUCUUCCGCACACGGAGAGAGGACAACACAUAGUGCUUGGGAGGUGAACUGUAGCCCGGAGGCGAGAUGAAGGAUUGCAGUAAGGGGAUCAAGCAGUAAGGUGGAUGCUUGAGUGUUUGCUUAGCGCUUCUGGAAGUCUUCAAGGUUGGAGGCUUUUUUGGACAGGAGCACAAAGGAAGUGACUGGGUUUGAUACGGAGAUACCAGGGUGAAAUCUAAUCGGUUGUUUGUAUAUGACAUGAGAUUAAAUGGCCUUUUGAAUACAAAUUUCCACGCUAUUCGGAUAUUGGAGAAUGCCGUGUGGGAGGGCCAGCUGUUUGUUGUAAAGUGUAGGGGUCAGUACCAGCAGUUGUUGGGAGUGGUAAGUGCGAAGGUGCAAUGGGAAAAGCUCCCCUCUGCAGACACGCUUGUGCCACGCAGUGCCAAAAUCCUUGUGAUAACCCCGAAGUGUCACAUUGGCCCCCCACCCUUGUCUGGUGGUAAGUCUUAGUCAAGCUUUAAUACCCAGAAACACCAGUUGGGUCCAUUGCGAGUAAUCUACGCCCCGGAGAGCCCGAGAGCUGUGCCAGCCUCUCUGGGGAAGCUCUGCCAGCCCAGGACAAGUCAGCAAGUCUGCUCUCAGGUUGGACAGCGGGCAAGGAGCGGGUCCCCACCGGGGGCCUGGCCGCAGCUCCGCCUCAGCACCAGCUCCCUCAGCUGAGAAUGCUGGCGAGUGGGCUGGCCACCGGUCCUCCUCCCCCUUCCCUUUCCUCUCUCCUCGUGUAUUUGCCAAUCGGUCUGCUGUGGUCUCUUCUGACGGAGAUGUGCAAAAUUUCACUUUCUGUCUCUCAUCUGUCUCCUUUGCCCUGUUCCCCAGGAAAACAUUCAUAAUAUUUAUGGCUAAAAAUAUUAGUGGAGCCCAGGUGGCACCUCUGCUGUUCUGCUAUUGCAGCCAUCGCCCAGCUCGAACUGGACGUGGAGUCAGGCUGGCUCCGGCGUCUGCAGAACUUGCCUUGCAUCGCCAAAGCGUGCUCUGCAAACUGUGUGUGACCAGUGUCGGUGCAGAGGCCUCUCUUCCCCCCUGGGGUGGCACAUUGGGUAGAAACGGAACCAUUGGACUGUGUGCUAUUGUGUCCAUUAGCUCAAAGACAAAAAGAGCGGUGGUUAGCGCGUUUAGGGUGAGCUGUAUGAGAAGCUUCAGGUGCGUGCAGGUCACAGGUACGCCUGUAUUUAAGGACAUCGUGUCUGUUUGUUGUAUUUGUAGCAAAUGUCGUAGUUCUUGAUUUAUUUGGAAACUAGGUGCCAGAGCAGCAAACGCAGCUCCGCAGUCUGUUGUGAGUUGUGUGUGCUAGCGCAGAGCUCCAGGCGGGAAUAUUGAACAGGAUGCGGGAAUGCCUGGAUCCAUCAGCAGAUCAUUUGUGAAGGAUUUUGCUGGUACAAAAAGCCUUUCUAAAGCUGUCACUGGAAGAGGUUUUGAGUCUUUAGGGAGUCCAAGUUGAUAUUUGCUGUAGGAUGACCCCUAGGACAAUGUGCCCUCUGGAACAUCGGGAAUUACUGAGGUUGUCAUUGGCGUUUACCGAGGUUUUUAACGGGGUGUUGGCAUCAGCUUUCACCAGCCCUCAGUGUGCAGCUGGGUGCUUCCUGGUUAGAGUCUCGGGCAGCCGAGCCAAACCCCACACAUGUGUUUAAUCCGUUAUCUGUUUCACUGGCCGUGUGUGACACAGAUCUUUGAGAAGGACGGAGCGUGCGAUCAGCUGAACCGGGUGUCUCGUUCUGCUCCUCCGAGGCACCUCGUGCAGAGCAGAUUGAUGUGAUUGAGUUACACACUGUGAGCUCCAGAUUGCAGCAGAGGCUCCUCGUGGGGCAGAGGCCAGUUCUUCGCUGGAACCGUGUGUUGUAGAGAGCAGAACUGAAGAGGGUUUAUUCUGGGCUCAGGUUUAUUAGGAGGGAAAGCCUCACCCAGUUGUUCUUGCGGAGGAAAGCGUUUUCUCUAUGGCUGUUCCAGCUCAUGAGUAAAGCACCGAGGCUGAAUUUUUCCUGCCCUCUGGCGUGGGCCUCCAUGGGCUGAAUGCGAGACCUGGCCUACUGGAGGAAUCUGCAGGGGCUGCAGGGCACAGGUGCUUGGCAGGGCUGUGUCCCCUGAAGGCCCCCUGGGGACAGCCCGUGAGGGGCCCAAGCGAGAGAGGGAGCCUGCGGAGCCGCAGCGGAGCGGUUCUGGGGAGGCCUGGUUGGUGCUGCCGGGCUGCGUGGCUGGGGAGGAGCCCGCGCUGCUGGAGUAAGUACGUGCAGUUACACUUCUCCUCCCUACUUCAGUGUAACUCGCGCGUGUGAGGAUGGCAGAGCAGGAGCCGACGGCGGAGCAGCUGGCCCAGAUUGCAGCUGAAAAUGAGGAGGAUGAACACUCUGUCAACUAUAAGCCACCUGCCCAGAAGAGCAUCCAGGAGAUCCAGGAGCUCGAUAAGGAUGAUGAGAGCCUGCGCAAGUACAAGGAGGCACUGCUCGGUGCCGUCACUGUGACUGCAGAUCCCAAUGCUCCAAAUGUGGUGGUGACCAAACUGACUUUGGUCUGCGCUACUGCUCCUGGCCCUCUGGAGCUGGACCUGACAGGUGACCUGGAGAGCUACAAGAAGCAAGCAUUUGUGCUGAAGGAGGGUGUGGAAUACCGGAUAAAAAUCUCCUUUAGGGUUAACAGGGAGAUUGUGUCAGGGUUGAAGUAUAUUCAGCACACGUUCCGGAAAGGCGUGAAAAUUGACAAGACCGAAUACAUGGUUGGGAGCUACGGCCCCCGAGCAGAGGAGUAUGAGUUUCUGACCCCCAUGGAAGAAGCUCCUAAGGGCAUGCUGGCCCGGGGCAGCUACAACAUCAAAUCCAAGUUCACAGAUGACGAUAAGACUGACCACCUGUCCUGGGAGUGGAACCUGACCAUCAAGAAGGAUUGGAAGGACUAGCCCUUCCCAAGGCCAAACCCCAGAGAGCGUGAAUCAGACAGUGGCUACCGUAGAAAUCCCCCCCUGUACCAAAGUGCUGACAUUGGAACCCUCUUACCCUUCACCCCCUGUUAUAAUUUGACCAGAGAGCUCAGUUUUGUAAUGCGCCCCCUCCCCAGAGAAUCGCUGAGUGCAUUGACCGAACCGUGCUGUCUGCAUCUGAUCUCCAGCUGCCCGUCCCAGGGCCGUGCUGUCCCAGCGCAGAGGUGGGAGCACUUGCUCCCUCGCCAGGCCCUUUGCUGCCUCUCACCUUCCUUUGUUGGGGUAGGUGCUGAAGGGGAGAGACCCCUAUGCUCUGGGUAGGAUCCUGUGCUUGGCUUUCCUGUGCACAGCUCAGGGUAGCUACUGCCUCCCAGUAGCUGAAGAACUUUGAUGCCAGGCAGCUAUUGAAUCCAUUUGUUGGCUAAAAUCAUGUCCAGCCUGCCCCUUCCACCGGUCAGUGUCCUGGGAACACUGGCAGCUUCAUUUGUGGAUGUUCCCUGUAACCAUGAUGCCUUAAUGUGUAACACGCAUCCUCUAGGGAGGGGGCCCUGCCCUUGUUACACUUUUUAAAUGCCACCCACCCCCCCACCCCCCGUUUGUUGGCAUGGCACUCAUCUUGGUCACGCCCCUCAUGGGUUAUUAGGAAAGAUUCACAACACGCCGCUUUGCUGCUGGUCCGUUCUUCACCCGAGACGGGACAUCUCCAGAGGGGAGGGUGGUGUGACGUCCUGGGUGACGCCUGGCCGCCCCUCCCUGUGUCCAGAGAGCUGGCCUGGCAGGACCCCUGGCCCUGCUGCGUAGAGGUCCGAGCUCUCUGGCAGCCUCAGCGCCUCCGAGGCAUGGAGGGGGUUGCAAGGCGGGCGGGUGCGGGAGUCACCAGUGUUGCCAUCACCUCACACUUCUCACUGCAGCCAAGGCAGCUGCAAAGCACUGAAAUCGUAGGGCGGCACCUGCCCUCCUGGCUGUUUUGGGCUGAGGAUGGACUCGGCUGUUUCUGCAGCUGCUCUCCUGAUGCGAUCACAAAGAGCUUGCAAUGGACACGUACUCGGAAGCGGUUAAUGCCUUAUGUAUCUGUUCUGCCUUUAAAAUCUGUGCCUGGCCUGUCAGUAUUUAUUGCCUUGACACUCGACUCCCCCCGCGCCCGCCCCGGGCCCCCGCGGCACGCCAGCCUGACACCAGGGCUGCGUCGACACGGUGCGCGGGGCAAAGGAGCCCUCUGGGGCCCACGAACCCCUGAGGGCUGGGCAGGCACAUUCCAGCCCCACAGCCCUCUUAUUUGGAUCCUACCACGUUGAGGUCGUGUUAGAACUGGGACCAAGUACAUGUGGCUUUCUCGUAGCUACGUCUCUGCCUCUAACUCUCCCCUGCCCCGCCCCUAGAGAGAUUUUUGUUAAUUUGAUUUGGUGCAUAUUGUCUGUAAAUCCUAGACCCGGGUUAACAGGUUUGGAAUCAUCGUCUGCUUCUCCUUUUAUGACAGUUAAAUAAAAUCUUUGAACUGAC